GUAUGUGUUUGAAAUAGAGUUGGCACACUACGUUCUGCGAACUGUCACUUCUAGCAGAUCCCGAGUCAUAGCACACUUCGGUCUCGCUCUCUAUCGUCGACGACCUUUCUGACAUUGAAACGGCGAGCUGCGAGCUCACUCGUCUCUGUGAAUCGGUGGAAGCAGCUAGCUGCGGCAAGUUCCUGGGCAGGAAGGUUCCUUAGGGUCCGAUCCGUCUUUGGUGCUCCAGGAGCAAAAGGAAAAAGAUUAACCAGCUCAAAAGGAUGGCCAAGGACGAGGAGGAUGACCUGCUGCCGGACAAGGAUGCGGCCAAGGGCUUCUACGCCAAGUACGAGCCGAAGGAGAUCCUCGGAAGAGGCAUCAGCUCGACGGUUCGGCGCUGCAUCGAGAAGGAAACGGGCAAGGAGUUUGCGGCCAAGAUCAUCGACCUGGGGGCGGCCGAAACCGGCGACUCGAAUCACAUGCUCGAAGCGACCAAGCAGGAGAUCCAGAUCCUGCGCCAGGUCAUGGGCCACAAGUUCAUCAUUGAGCUGCAGGACGUGUUCGAGUCCGAUGCGUUUAUUUUCCUGGUGUUCGAGUUGUGCCGGCAGGGCGAACUGUUCGACUAUCUGACCUCGGUGGUGACGCUGUCCGAGAAGAAGUCACGCUACAUUAUGAGACAAAUCUUCGAGGGCGUCGACUACAUCCACUCGAAGAACAUCGUCCACCGCGACCUGAAGCCGGAGAACAUUCUGCUCGACGACAGUCUGAACGUGAAGAUCACCGAUUUUGGCUUUGCGCGGCGACUUAAGGACGGCGAGAAGUUGUUUGACCUGUGCGGCACGCCUGGAUACUUAGCACCGGAAACGUUGAAAUGCAACAUGUUUGAGGAUGCGCCCGGCUACUCGAAGGAAGUCGAUAUUUGGGCCUGUGGUGUCAUCAUGUUCACACUGCUAGUCGGCUGUCCCCCGUUCUGGCACCGGAAGCAGAUGGUCAUGCUGCGGAACAUCAUGGAGGGCAAGUACAGCUUCACCUCGCCCGAGUGGGCCGACAUCUCAGAGGACCCGAAAGAUCUGAUCCGCAAGUGCUUGGUGGUGGACCCGUCGAAGCGUAUCACCGUGACAGAGGCCUUGAAGCAUCCGUUCUUCAAUACAGUACUUUUCGAACAAGACAUUGGCCCGUUGAAACGCAGCCUGUCGGCCAAGUCGAGACGGUUGAGCCGUAUCGCCGACCUGGCACUGAUGGCAUACCGCGUCUUCGCAUGUGUUCCUGUUAGUUUGUUACGUAAACAAAGUCAGUUUAACGCUAGAAAAAAGUUUCAAUUCGCUAUAUUGUGUGUUAGAGCAAUGGUUAGAAUAAAGCGGCUGCGAUACACGCCGGAACCGCUGCGGGCCGAGGACGCCCUCCGGGACCCGUACCGCAUCAAGGUGCUGCGAAAGGUCAUCGACGGCUGUGCAUUUCGAGUGUACGGCCACUGGGUCAAGAAGGGCGAGGGCCAGAACCGGGCCGCCCUGUUCGAGAACACUCCUCGAUGCGAGGUUUAUAACCUUUAUAUCAACAGCCUUAAUCGGUAAGCUGAUCUGAGGUUCGAGAGAGGAAAGGGGAAGCCACCGUGCAGUUCCAGGAACC